GGGGUUAUGAUUGGCUGCGCCGGGAAGGGGCGGUGCUGUGUGAGGCUCUGUUGCUGGGCAGGGUAAAAUGGCUGCGUUAGACAGGGUGAAGGUGCUGGUGCUGGGGGACUCAGGUGUUGGGAAGUCUUCACUUGUUCAUCUGUUGUGCCAGAACCAGGUGUUGGGAAACCCAUCUUGGACAGUGGGCUGCUCAGUGGAUGUCCGAAUUCAUGACUACAAAGAGGGGACCCCAGAAGAGAAGACUUACUACAUCGAGUUGUGGGACGUUGGCGGUUCAGUGGGCAGUGCUAGUAGCGUGAAAAGCACACGGGCAGUUUUUUACAACUCUGUGAAUGGCAUAAUAUUAGUGCAUGAUUUAACCAACAAGAAGUCCUCCCAGAACUUGUAUCGAUGGUCAUUGGAAGCACUUAACCGAGAUGUGGCUCCAACUGGAGUGCUGGUGACGAAUGGGGACUAUGACCGUGAACAGUUUGCUGAUAACCAGAUUCCACUGCUGGUAAUAGGAACCAAAUUGGACCAGAUCCCAGAGACUAAGCGUAAUGAAGUUUUGACGAGAACAGCUUUCCUGGCUGAGGAUUUCAAUGCAGAAGAGAUUAAUCUGGACUGCACCAAUCCCCGCUAUCUGGCUGCAGGCUCAUCCAAUGCUGUCAAGCUCAGCAGGUUUUUUGAUAAGGUCAUCGAGAAGAGAUACUUGUCACGAGACGGUAAUCAGAUUCCUGGCUUUCCUGAUAGAAAAAGAUUUGGAGGUGGUACACUGAAAAGCCUUCAUUAUGACUGAACACUGCUCACUGUCCAGAGACUGAAUGGAAAACGAGUUCUCUCCAUUUGCAGCAACAUUCCUAUCCCUGUUGGACUCUUAAAGGCAACGAUCCUCAUGCCAGGCAAAAUACAUUUUAUUAAUUGCUUUGGCCAACAGGACUAUGGAAGCUACCAGUGCUCAUGAAGGCACAAGGAAGAAUCCCCCAAAUCUGUUUUGGGGUCCAAACUCUCUCCUAGGCUUAGGAACCUUGUGGAAAUACUGGAUCUUUUUGAAUUGGUGCAGUAAAUUCAGUGUUUCCCACGCUGCUGUGGGAAACAUUCUCAUUCAUAGCAUGCACGUGUAACUUUUUUCCCCCAUCUUGGAACAUUUAUAAACACUCUUCAGUGAAUUAUACUAAUUUUACCACCAGCAGAAAGGGAACACUGAACAGGCAUCUCAUUUACACUAAAAUAAAGCAAAAUAUAAGACUGUAUAAGAAAUAGGAUGGAAAACAAUAGAAAGCCAUCAUAUAAAUCAGUGGUACGGCCUCAACUGGAACUCUCAGUUCUGCAUCACCCCAUCUCAAAAGGGGUAUAAUAGAAAUAGAGGUUGUUCAGAGACAGGUGCUGAAAAUGAUUAGAAGCCUGAAAAAAAAUUCCCCAUGAAGAGAGAUUGGUGUUUAUAUUGCUGUUUAGUUUGGUAUUUGUAGUUUAGAGAGUACAGAGAAAGUAGAUCAGGUACUCCUAUUUAUUUUUUUCUCAUAAUACCAGAACAAGGAGACAUUUAAUUACAUUAAAAGGCAAGAAACUUAAAAUUCAUGAAGGGAAGUCUAUUUUUACAUGUGCAUGUGGAACUCAAUCUGACAAUCUAUGUUUGUGACCAUAAGCUUAGUGGAUAAAACCAAAAUAUAAAUCAUAAAAACAUCCACAGUUAGAAUAGAGUGGGUAGAAAAUUAUGCUUAAGGGUUGGACCUAACCAUGAAGUUUUGGGGGUUAGAAGGAAAAUUCUCUUAUGGGAAAGUAAUUCCUCUGAAGCAUCUAUUAGCCAUUGCUGGAGAUAAGAAACUAGACAAAAUGAAUCACUGGUCUGACCUAUUACAGCAGGUUCUGUACUCUUAAAUAUAAUGUGGCGGGGGGGGGGGGCGGGUUGUAUUGGGAGAAAAGAAAAAGUGUUUGAGGUAAUUAAAUGGGCAUCCCAAUGCUCUAGUAUUAACUGCUUUCCUUUCCUCUCUCUCAAAGUAACCUUUAAUGGUUUAGCCUGGGCUAGAGGCUGACUAAGAGCUAGUGUUAAAUAUAAAUACAAAUUAAUAAUAAAUGAUGAUAGAAGAAAGUAGAAUAUUGGUGUGAAAUUGACAGUAGGCUGAGUGCUGCAGACUCCACAUUACAUCUGCAUGCAGCUCUUCUCUGGCUGUUGAUUGGGAGUAACUGAGUGCUGCCUAUUGCUAACAAAGCAGGAAUGACAGAUCAGAUCACCAGACCUAACUUAUGAAGAGUAAAAAUAUGAACACUUUUUACUUUCCCUCUCUCUAGCACCUUCCACCAAAGAGACUCAAGAACAUUUUACAAACCUGAAUGAACUAAGCCACCAAGCAUCUAGGUGAGGUGCAGUGAGAAUCAAUAUCCAUAUUUUACAGCCAGGGAAACAGGUACCAAGACACUGAGACUAAAAUUUUUUAAAUCUUCCAGUUUUGGGUGCCCUGUUAGAGAGAGCUGCAGAAGUGCCAUUGGGGCACUUUUGAAAAUGAGAAUCUGAGUGAUUUUUCCCAAGGUCACACUACAGGGUCAGGAAUAAACUCCAGGAAUCCUAAUUUACAGAUUUGAGCUUUUAACCGUGAGACUAUUGUCUUCUAAAAAUGAAUCACUGAAGUCCCUGAAUUAGUUGUGGUAAGUUCAGUGAAACCAUAGGUUUGAUUAUGAAGAGAACACACAAUAGAGUCCAAAUUUAGCCUCUCAAUAUCACAUUUAAGAGUGACAAGAUGGGAGUCCCUAAGCAAAAGCUUUGUGCACUGCUGAUGUACCAGCCUUUUUCUCAGCAAGGAUGGCUCAGCAGUUUUACCUCUGUUCCCAGGGGUUGUGGCUCCUUUCCCGUUGAUAAACCAGUGGUCUGAUUGGGAACGGCAAACUUCAUGCAUCUAUUCCUUAUGUGUAAUCAAGUUGCAGGGGCAAUUUAGGGAAGGAGUAUGACUGAGUGGUUAGAUCACAAAACUGGAAGUCAGGAGUUUUAGUUUCUGUUCCCACCUCCCUUGCAAGCCUUGAGGAAAGUCACAUCACCUGUCUGUCUCUGUUUCCUCACCUUUUAAAUGGUGGUCGUUCUUCACAAGAUGAUCUGAGGAUUAGUUAGGCUGAAAUGCUCCCCACUUCUUCUGUGAGCAGAAAGGAGCACAAACCUGCAGAAGGGGACAAGCGAGUUAGGCGCCUGCUCUGUGCCUUACUUUCUCUGUCACCCUGUGGAAAUCCCUCUACAGCAACUGGGAUCCACAGUGUUUGAGGUGUUGUGGGCUGGCGGGAGCCACUUUCUGUUGCAUCUGAUAGCAGAUAAAUUACUGCUGCAAGUAGUAGAAACAAGUUCUGCCUGCAUCCAGGGCUCAGAUUGGGGGAAAAGAAGUUAUGGAAUGCUCCGAAGCUCUGCCCACCGCCACAGGCUGCCCGCUCAUCACAUCGAAACAAGACAUUCCCAGAUUACAGAUUAUCACACUGUGAUCAUCCCUCUCCUUUCUGUUGUGUUUUUAUAAAUAGUUAAGUAGGCUUAGUUAUUGUUAGGCUUUGAUGUCAGCAGCCACUUGAGAUUUACACCUCUCAGCCUGAAACAUCAGGUCUAUCUGCAGAUUAAGGGAGCCAUCACUAUGUUGGUUUACCCUUGGUGCAUAUUUGGAAGGUUUUCUUACUAGCUAGAGAGUUGGGUUGGUUGGUGGGUUUUUUAUAAUUAAGUCUUAGAUUCUGGAGUAAAAGAUGGCAGCUGCUAAAGGGAAAAGAGAUGGAUUCCUCAGUAGCUGUGAGCUAGCUCAGUGUGACCACUCCCUACACCCUCUGUGUAUGGUGCUUGCUUAAAGGUAGCACAGCUCACGGGACCCUCAUUGGCGAGUGGCCAGAGCAACAUCACAAAGGGGCCAACCCACAACAGGACUGGGGAUUUCCUUGUCUGAACUAGGUCUCAAACCUUUUCAGACUGUCCACUGCUUAGGAAGAGAUGUAAUGGUUCAGAAUGGAGGCUGUUAGAACUUGACUUUCUGUUUACAUGGAGCAUUUGAGGGCAGGAUUUCUCAUUUAAACUAGGUUCACAGUGAGAGGGGUUACCCUGCAAAAUGAAGAUAGCUAAAAUUAUUAGUCAGAAAGGGGUCUUUGGGUAGCUGAUGGCUUUCUUGUAGGAGGAUUGUUAAUUGAAAACAUACAGUGUAUCCUCCCCAGAAUCACAGCACUUACAAGUUAAUGUGUUAAUUAGUUUAAAAAUUAAUUGGAAAUGGGUCCUGUAAGAAAUCUAGCACCUACUGUUGGAUUUGGGUUAUUUGCCCCCUAUUAAUCUGUUCCAGAAUAACAAGACUCCUCAAACUUCCCCAGCAUGAUUAGGCAUUUUAGUAUUUGUGGACCCAGAUUAGCUUCCCAAACAAGAACUGUUCAACUGGAAUUAAGGUUGAGAGUUCAUACAGCAGUUUAGGGUAAAGCAUGUUACAUGGAUGUUACUAUCCCAAAAACAAGCCCUGGGCUGGGCACAGCUGCUGCAGGCUCACUCCAACUCAACCACCAUAAGCAUGAAGCGAGGUGGCUUGGUUCUAUUUAGGACAAGCCCAUGUAGAUGAGCCUAUAUUUGUACUUGACACAAGAGCAGCCUCAGCCUGAGAAGCCACUUCAUCAAAGUGGAUUCACACUGCAGAUGGGAAAGAACUUUGUGGAUCCAAUGCAUCAGCGGGAUCAGCAGUUAAGAUACUAUCUAGUCAGGGUGCAGUGGCCAGGGGCCUCCUUGCCCAAAGCUCCUAAGAACCUCUGUGAUGGGCUUUCUCGAGCAUCUCCACUGUCUGGAGCACCCCUCCUCCCGUAGGAGUGUUACCUCGUUCAAGACCCUCAGUACUGAGUUUAACCCAACCAGGAUGGGGGAGUUGGUUGCAGGUGGAGAGGAGAUGGGGGAAGAGAGGGGAAAUAGGGAAGAAGCAGGUUCAUAGGGAUUGUAAGUGGAGAAGAGGGGCACAGAAGAUGGGGGGAAUGGGAGGGGGAGGGCAAGAGGCUGGUGGGGAAGAUGAGUGGGAACAGAGGAACGGGGACAGUGGGACAGGAGUUGGAGGUGGAGAGAAACUGGUACAGAGGAAGGGGAAAUUAGAGGGGAAGAGAUGUGUCUGGGGGAAAGUGGUGGGGAAUAGGGAAGAUGUGGAUGCAAGUGGGGAUAGGAAACGGAGAAGCAAGGAAAGAGGUGGAUACAUGAGCAGGGCUGAGCGGGAGGGUAUUGGUGAUUUGGGGUUAGUGUGCGCCCCAGCUCUGCCUCCAGGUCCCUUCUCUGCAUCAGGUCUGGCUCAUCUACCCCAAACCAUGAGAACUGAACCCAGACUAUUUCUGUCUACUAUUGAAUACUGCAUUUAGCUGUAUGCUUGGAUCAUUAGCUUAUUUCAAGCAGUUGGAUGAAUUGUAAAGCUGCUUCCAGCCCUGUCAUUGACUCCCUGGGUGACUUAAACCAAAUCACUUCACUUCUCAGCCUCAGGUUUCCCAUAUUUAAAAUGAAUAAAAUGUAUCCAAGAGGGAUGUAGGAUGAACCACUUUAUCCUGUGCACUGCUUUGAGUGCAUGGGAGUUACAUUGGUGCUAUUUUUAUUAUUUUACUUUUUAUUAUUACACUUGAUAAAAACAAGGGGA